AUGGAUCGUCGAAUUCGUGUGACAAGUCAUGGCGCUCUUUUGGAGAAGGAAACCAGCGCGCCUGCGAAAGGAUGGCUAAGCACGCGCUCGACUGACCCUGGUGUGCAGACCAGCGGCCGGUUGACGGGAGUGUGGGCGCAACUGAAGGACGCGGUGACCACGUACCGUCUCCUGUUCGACGAGUCCGGCCUUCCGGGACUACGCUUCGUGCUGGGCUUUCGGCACCCACUGAGGAGGCUCGCCUGGCUGGCCGUGUACGCCGUGCUCUUCGUGCUCACCAUGCGGGACACGCACAAGCUGCUCACCGAGUACUACGCCUACGACGACCGCGUCAACCAGGAGAUCCUGGAGCAAAAACAAGUCCAGUUUCCAGCGAUCACUGUGUGCAACAUGAACCCGUGGAGGAAGUCGGUGCUGUGCAGCGAGGAAAGCUUCCAGGGGAAGUCCGAGAAGGGGCUGCAAGCCAAGCUCUGCUCGAUGCCCAACAGGAACGUCACUCUGACCGAUGAGGACAUCUCACUGUCCAACCGGCUGAAGCAAUGGAUUUCGGAGGAGCAACGUCGAAAUCUGAGCCGCGCCGAGAAACUGGGACACCAGCUGGAGGACAUGAUCCAGGUGUGCCGCGUCCACGAAGGGGACUGUCUAAGCACCAAGAUCCUAGAGAUACGAAUGGUUCCCCGUUAUGGCAACUGCUACUGCCUCGGCUGCAACAGCAGUCGCUUCAGCUGGCAGGCGAUGCAGAUGUCGGAUCCCGAAAAUGGUCUGCGCAUGUCUCUGAACAUGGAACCGGAGGAGUUCCUUCCUCUUACUGUGGACGCUGGCUUCUACAUCAUGGUCCACCAAGCCGGGGCUCAGGAGGAGGUCUUUGACAAUGCCGUGUACGCUCCGCCUGGCGCAACAACUUACAUCGGAGUAUCGAAGACGAUUUCCAAAAAUCUCAAGGAACCGUACAAGAAUCCCUGCCAGGAUCACUGGCCUCCGGAGUUGGAAAAAUAUGUUGUCAAAGGCAUAGUGUACACAAAGCGGGCUUGCGACGAGUACUGCUAUCAAGUGCACAUCUUCGAGAAAUGCGGAUGCCGCUCCUUCAACCACAUCAGGGUGUUCGCUCCGAUACUUAUGGAGUCGCCGGUCUGUGUGGACAUCCUGCGAGGGGACUGCGAAAGAUCUGUCGAAGCGAAAAUAGACCGGAAAAUAAUCACGUGCAAAUGUCUGACGGCUUGUGAGGUGCAGUAUUAUCAGACGACAUCCAGCGCACUUACGUGGACCAGCAAAGUAAUGAAUCCUGAAGGCAGCGAACUGUCUUUGCCGCCAAGGGAGGGAAAAGGGAUUCACGUGAGGGUGGUGGUUUUCAUGAGAAGCACGAAGGUCCUCUACAAAAGUAAGGAGCCGAAAUUAACGCUAUCGAACCUGUUCCGCAACAUCGGCGGCCUGAUGGGCGUCUACCUGGGCUACUCGUCGCUGCAGAUCUUCCACGUCCUCGACGUGCUCGUCGACGGUGCCUACUCGUCGCUGUCGGGCGUAUGGAGCCGCUACAUGAGGAACCGCCAGCGCAAACGUGCCCAGGCUCCGCUGCGCCGUCGUGACUACCCGCUACCAGAAGAGGUUCGAUACCCCGUCACCACACAGCCUACCAUGAUCUACGCUCUGUGAAGUCGGAA